AGUAGCUGCUGAAAUUAGCAUGCGACGGCAAGUCGUGGUUUAAAACAGGCACAUUUGCAGCGAUCGCGUGGUUGCAAUUUAAUUUGCAGGCGAAUGGGUUUCAAGCGGGAGAAGGAAUAGCAGAUGUCGGAGUGAUUUUUUUUGAGCUGGAGAAAGAUGUGCCUUUUACAGCGACCUUUCUGCAUUCAUCGGACAGUGAGCAGACCAGCUAAGCACUUUAGGCUUUGGUGUGGGGCUCCGGACAGCGUCUGUUCCCUUUUGCCGGGCUUUUGCAAAGGGUUAGUGAGACCGGGCUCCAGCGGUGCCGGCCCGGGUGAUGGACAUGACCGUGACAGAGACGACGGUGACCGGGAAUUGGGAACAGGACAUACUUGGCCUUUAGUAAAGUCACCGUGGUCCUGGCGGCCGUGGGGAAGUGGUUUCAAUGUCCGAAGACAAUUCUUGUCCCUUCUGGGAAGGGUUAGCAAACUGAUCCCGGUGCAGACGUUGUCCAGGGAGGAGGUGGAAUUGCGCGAGCAACAGCCGAGGAGCCAGGAACAGGCUGGGAAUGAUGUUCCGAGACAUUGCAAAUUGUCAUCGGUGACAACUGCAGCGCCAGGAAUGCUGGCGCGAUCCACCGCUAAGGAAGUGCCGUUUAAAACUGGGGACUUGGUGCUGGCCGAGUUUCGCAGGAGGCAUCGCUUGGAACUGCAGAAGAUGUUCCGACUGGUGGCAGCUGGGGAACUGCACAGUAAGUGGGGGAUGCUCACCCACCAGGAGAUCCUGGGACAUCUCCCGGGCCAGGUCUUCAGGACAUCAACUGGUUCUGAGUUUGUCCUCAGGAGACCAAGCUUGGAGGAAUUUGUGCUGCUCAUGAAGCGGGGUCCAACCAUUGCCUAUCCAAAAGAUGCUACAACCAUGUUGACGAUGAUGGAUGUUGGUAAUGGGGACUGUAUUUUAGAGUCUGGUUCAGGGUCUGGAGCAAUGACACUCUUCCUCUCUCGAGCAGUGUGGUCUUCUGGACAUGUAUAUAGUUUUGAAGUGAGAAAAGAUCACCAUAACCGUGCUAAAGGAAAUUUUCAGUGCUGGCGGAAUGCCUAUGGAAUGGCUCAGGAAAAAGAGUGGCCAAAUAAUGUUGAGUUCAUUAAUAAAGAUAUUGUUUUUGCCACUGAUGAUAUCCAGGGAAAGAUAUUCGAUGCUGUUGGUUUGGAUAUGAUAAACCCCCAAGUAGCUUUACCUGUCAUCUCCACUCACCUCAAGCAAGGUGGAGUCUGUGCAGUGUAUCUCACAAAUAUUACCCAAGUGAUUGAUCUGCUAGAAGGGAUCCGCACUUCCCGCAUGUCCCUCUCAUGUGAGAAGAUCCUGGAAGUCAUUCACAGGGACUGGUUUGUUGCUCCUGCUUUGCGGAAGGACGGCAGCAGAGCUCCACGGGUAGAACCACAAUGGAAGGUAAAUGCUCUUGAGCACGAGGGAGGAGAAGAUGCAGGCAAGAUGAAGGAUGACGAUGAAGAGGAUGAUACUAAAUCUUUUUGCACAGUGCCUUAUGUUGCCAGACCUCAUCAUGGACAAGUUCCUCACACAGCUUUCCUUGUCAAGCUGAGGAAACUUAAACCGGCCCUUCAGUGAAACCAGGACCCAUGAAAUGAAGAGUUUAAAAACAUCUGAAUUUGCUGGAUAUAUUGUAAAGUUCUAC